AUGUCGUCCGAAAAAGAGAAAAUGGCUGCGUCUGAAACAAAAUCACCUUCUAAUAAAAGCAACUGUACCUCGCCGGGAAAAAAAGGAGAAACCGAUGACCUGGCAAAAGAAAAAGAUAAAUGUUGCGACACGAAUCUGUACCUUUACCAGGAUGAGAUCGAGGACAGACCACGCGCAGCUACCUUUCUCAGUUCUCUGGCGGACUACUCCAACACAAUACCCACGGCUUCCGCAGCUGAUGCCGAUGCACCAAAACCAGCUCCCCCAGCGCGGAUGGGCACUCUCAUCGGUGUCUACCUACCUUGUAUUCAGAAUAUCUUCGGCGUUAUCCUAUUCAUCCGUCUUACCUGGGUUGUUGGCACAGCUGGGGCUGCUCAAGGCUUCCUAAUUGUUCUCAUUUGCUGCUGCGCGACUAUGUUAACGGCUAUAUCGAUGUCUGCAAUCGCAACGAACGGUGUUGUACCUGCGGGUGGUUCCUACUUUAUGAUCGGACGAUCUUUGGGCCCGGAAUGUGGAGGUGCAGUUGGUAUGCUGUUCUAUAUUGGGACAACACUUGCUGCAUCCAUGUAUAUCGUUGGUGCUGUUGAAAUUGUAUUGACAUACAUGGCACCGUGGCUGUCAAUAUUUGGAGAUUUUACUAAAGACCCUCAAGCAAUGUUUAAUAACUUUCGAGUGUAUGGAACUGGACUACUUUUGAUUAUGGGAUUGAUUGUCUUUGUGGGAGUAAAGUUUGUGAAUAAAUUUGCUACGAUCGCCCUCGCUUGCGUAAUCCUGUCAAUAUCAGCCGUUUACGCCGGAAUUUUUGUUAACUUUAACGGAAACGACAAGCUGCAAAUGUGCGUACUAGGUAAACGAUUAUUGAAGGACAUACAUAUCAACAACUGUACUAAAAGUCCUGGCGGUGAAUUAGAGCAAAUAUUCUGUCCUAAUAAUACUUGCGAUCCUUACUACCAAAUCCAUGAAGUCAGUAUUGUUCAGGGCAUUAAGGGUCUGGCAAGCGGAGUCUUUUUCGAUAAUUUAUAUGAUUCGUUUCUCUCACUUGGACAAUACAUAGCUUACGGAAAAGAUCCCGAAGACAUUGAACAAAUGGAACGUCCAACAUUUAAUCAAGUAUUUGCAGAUAUUACAACAACUUUUCCUAUACUAAUCGGAAUAUUCUUUCCUUCUGUCACUGGAAUAAUGGCUGGUUCAAAUCGUUCCGGAGAUUUAGCAGAUGCUCAAAAAAGUAUACCGAUAGGAACAAUAUGCGCUAUUUUGACAACAUCACUGGUAUAUUUAUCGUCCGUCUUGUUAUUUGCUGGAACCGUGGACAAUUUAUUACUUCGUGACAAAUUUGGCCAGUCUAUUGGUGGUAAACUGGUUGUAGCUAACAUGGCCUGGCCCAAUCAGUGGGUGAUACUUAUUGGAUCCUUCCUCUCAACGCUUGGAGCUGGUCUACAAUCUCUCACUGGAGCUCCCCGGUUACUCCAAGCCAUUGCCAAAGAUGAAAUUAUACCAUUCCUAGCACCUUUUGCUGUAUCAUCGAGUAGAGGCGAACCAACACGAGCUCUUCUUCUAACGAUGCUUCUAUGUGAAUUUGGUAUACUGCUUGGAGACGUGGAUAUUUUGGCACCUUUACUAUCUAUGUUUUUCUUGAUGUGCUACGGAUUCGUAAAUCUGGCAUGUGCUCUCCAGACAUUAAUGAAAACUGCAAACUGGCGACCCAGAUUCAAAUACUAUCAUUGGUCACUAUCAAUUGCUGGUUUGAUUUUAUGCAUUUCAAUUAUGUUUAUGACUUCAUGGUUCUACGCCCUGAUUGCUAUGGGAUUAGCGGGAGUAGUAUACAAAUAUAUUGAAUAUCGAGGUGCUGAGAAAGAAUGGGGCGAUGGUCUUCGGGGACUCGCGCUAUCUGCUGCUCGGUAUUCUUUACUGCGUCUUGAGGAAGGGCCUCCACACACCAAAAAUUGGCGUCCACAAGUACUGGUUCUUGCUAAACUGAAUGAGGAUCUUAACCCGAAAUACCGAAAGAUGCUUGCAUUCGCGAGUCAAUUAAAAGCUGGCAAAGGUUUAACAGUAUGCGUAUCGGUCCUUGGUGGUGACUUCAACCGACGAGCUGGAGAGGCUUCAACGGCUAAGCAGAAUCUGCGUAAAUGCAUGGAAGAAGAGAAAGUUAAAGGGUUCACCGAUGUGCUCGUAGCUAAUAGCAUUGCUGACGGACUAAGUCAUUUCGUCCAAACUACUGGUUUAGGAGGCUUGAAGCCCAAUACAGUAAUUGUUGGUUGGCCGUACGGCUGGCGACAGUCUGAAGAUGAUCGCACUUGGCAUGUCUUCCUGCACACUGUCCGAGCCGUCACAGCUGCUAGAAUGGCCAUGCUUGUACCUAAAGGCAUCAACUUCUUUCCUGAUUCAACUGAAAAGAUAUCUGGGAACAUCGAUAUCUGGUGGAUAGUUCACGACGGCGGCAUGUUGAUGUUGUUGCCUUUCUUACUCAAACAACACCGUACGUGGAAAAACUGUAAAAUGCGUAUUUUCACUGUAGCGCAAAUGGAGGAUAACUCGAUUCAAAUGAAAAAAGACCUUAAAAUGUUCCUGUAUCAACUACGAUUAGAAGCAGAAGUUGAAGUUGUGGAAAUGACUGACAGCGACAUUUCCGCCUACACAUACGAACGAACAUUAAUGAUGGAACAACGAAACCAGAUGCUGCGCGAACUAAGACUAAACAAGAAGGAGACUAUGGGAAUGAUGCAAAAUUUGGUGGACUAUCGUGAACAAACCGCUGAGGAAAAGUUACCUCUGGUACAAGCCAUAGUUGACCAUCACCACGCAGAUAUUAAGACGGCAAGCAAAGUACGAUUUGCAGAUCCAGGCAGCGAACCGAAUCUGAACGAUGCACCAUCCCCGCCUUUAGCUGACAGUGACGAAAAGGAACACGAUGACAAGUGUGAGGGAGCUCCUUCGCCACCUCCGGACGCUGAAAAGAAAGAUGGCAACGCUAAUGGUGACGCGCUCAACCCUAAACCUAAUUUGACCAGUAUUACACCUGAUGAGGGUACAGUUCGACGCAUGCACACAGCGGUAAAAUUAAACGAAGUUAUCGUGUCUCGAUCCCAUGACGCACAAUUAGUCAUACUUAACCUGCCUGGUCCUCCUCGUGACACCAAACUUGAAAGGGAAUCAAACUAUAUGGAGUUCCUAGAAGUGUUAACUGAGGGAUUAGAAAAGGUUUUAAUGGUACGUGGCGGCGGUCGGGAGGUGAUCACCAUAUACUCGUGA